GCGUGGGGGCGCUGCUCACCGACUCACUUCCUCCUUGCGGCGGCGGAGUUUCCCUUCACCCCGCCCGCUCCGUGUUUACAUCCGCAGCCGUUUCCGUCCCGUCGCCGCUGCGGCCCCUCCGGCCCCGCGCCCCGGCCCGGCCGUCCGCCCUCUGCCCGCAGAGUCAAUGCGGCGCCGCCACCCCGCGGCCUGCCCUGGCCAUGGACACCAACGAUCUAUUCACCAGCUGCAAGAAGGGGGACGUGAGCCGCGUGCGAUACCUUCUUGAGCAGCGAGAUGUGGAAAUUAAUGUCCGUGAUAAGUGGGACAGUACACCUCUGUAUUAUGCUUGCCUCUGUGGACACGAGGACCUUGUACGCUAUCUUCUAGCCAACGGCGCAAAAUGUGAAGCAAACACAUUUGAUGGGGAACGUUGUUUGUAUGGGGCGUUGAGUGAUGCCAUCCGACGUCUGCUGAAGGAGUACAAGCAGAUCACAGCAAAGUGCAUGAAAAGAGACUACUAUGAUGUCUUCCUGCAGCGGUUGCUGGAGCAGGGUUAUCAAAGUGACAUCGUUUUCAUUGUUCAUGGCAAAUCCUUCUGUGCCCACCGCUGCAUUCUCAGUGCUCGCAGUGCCUACUUUUCAGAAAUGUUUGAGACCAAGUGGAAGGGAAAGAGCAUGAUAGCGCUGAAGCACCCACUGAUUAAUCCCACAGCCUUUGGCUCUCUGCUGCAAUAUCUAUACACAGGUCGUCUUGAUAUUGACGUAGAAUAUGUAAAUGAUUGCAAGAGAUUAGCCAAACAGUGCCGGCUGCAGGACCUCAUAGAUGACUUGGAGACCAAAUGUAAAAAAGUCUAUGAAUUUGUCUCUUCCAAGCCAGGGACCUGUGUGAAAGUGCUGACGAUUGAGCCCACAGGUAACUGCCGGCUGCAGGAAGAUCUGGCUCUUCUAGCAGACUGCGCCCUGCCAGCAGAACUGCGGGUUGGCUUUGGGGAGUUGCCGUUUGACAGCACCGACAACUUCAAUAGUUGUCCUGAUGUGUGCUUCCGGGUGGCAGAUUACAACUUCUUAUGCCAUAAGGCGUUUUUCUGUGGUCGCAGUGAUUAUUUCAAAGCCCUUCUUGAAGACCAUUUUUGUGAGAGUGAGGAGCUGCAGACACAGCCCAGCAUCCCUGUGGUGACUCUCCACAACAUCUCAGAAGACAUCUUCAUCCGGGUCCUCUACUAUAUCUACAGUGAUGACACAGAGCUGUCCCCGGAAAAUGCCUACGAUGUGCUGUGUGUGGCAGACAUGUACCUGUUGCCUGGGCUCAAGCGCCUGUGUGGAAGGACCUUGGCACAGAUCCUUGAUGAAGACAACGUUGUCAGCAUCUGGAGGAUUGCAAAGCUGUUCCAGCUGACCCGGCUAGAAGACCAGUGCACAGAGUACAUGGCAAAGAUCAUCGAGAAGCUGGUGGAAUUGGAGGAGUUUGCAACUGCUGUGAAGGAGAACGCGGAGGCUGUGGAGGAACGGCAGGAGACCGACUCCAUUCCCCUGGUCGACGACAUCCGCUUCCACAUCACUAGCAAUGUGCAGACUUACAGUGCCAUCGAGGAAGCCAACCAGAAACUUGAAGCUCUGGAAAGCCUCCUGGCCAGUAUAGGGCUUGAGUGCUGAUGUGUGCAAACCCUGCCUGUCAUAUACAGCCUGCGCAGCCCCCCGGUGGGUUGGCUCAGAGUGCAAGAACAUCUGAGUCUCUGAAUGUUUCUUUUUCCCCCUACCUUGUCCUCCUUUCCAUUCACUUUCAGGCAUGAUUUCUUUUUAAUUUAUUUAUGUCUGGACAUUUGCAUGUCUAGUUUGUGUUUGGUUUUAUUUUGUUUUUGUCUCUCCUUUCAGAAGUAGCUCCCAAAGCUCAGCCUAAUUUCAUAGCUGCUGCUUUGUGCAAUACAGUGCGAAUAGGAGACUGCAAGUCGUGGGGGUGAGGGAGUUGUGCUGGGAGACUUUCUACUGCCUGGUGUUAGGAUCCAUCCUUUUUGUUGCCCAAAAGCACACUUCUGAAACUGCUUCAUGCCGGGAUAUUAGUUGAAUUGCAUGCAGCAGCAGAAGAAAACUGGAUUAGACUUUCCAAAUAAGUGUAUUAGAAAGGAGAUGGCCUUUCUUUCACUGUUAGCUGUAUAAGAUUGGAGAAGGUAAGCAGCACUUCCCUAACAGAUUCAGAGGCACGUGGCUGUAUGGAAGGUGCUGUUUUUCACCUGCUAUUCUAGUUCUUAGGUGAAAAAAAAAAGAAAGCCAAAGCUACUUUCAGAUCAUCCCUAAUUUUUCACUGCUCUGGAGUGUUGGCAUUUGGGUUUCCACUCUGAGGAAUGGAGAAACUCAGAUUUUUUAGAUACCUGAGAUCUGACAGAUGGUCAAUGUAUUUGCAAUCAGGAGGGAGACACAGAGCAAAGAUUUGAUUCUUGUUCUGCAUGUGAUGUGCAACUGAAUAAUUUAAAAGCUUUUCUUUCAGAACAAAUAUCUUUGGGACUACAGUAGAAACCACAGUCCUUUUUUUCCUAGAAAGCAGUGGCUUUCAACGCAUAAAGAAGGGGGAGGCCCCUUGUCUUCCUAACAGGGACAGGAAAUGCUUUCUUAUUGGAAACAGCACUUUUCUCUUUUUCUUGGUCCAUUGUGGUAGAGCAAAACAGACUUCCUGGUAGAUCAGGAGAGAGGGGUUACCAGAAGUUUUUUAAAAAGGAAAAGGGGCCUUUUGGGUCUCUUGGGGGGCAGCUGUCCCACUCUUUGACCUUGUGGCUUUGCUCAGACUUCAGCCUUGUAGCUUCAUUGUUCUCCAGGAAAUUCACUGUUUGUACUAAUGAAUGUUUUUGAAUCUGUGUUCUGCAGUAGGUCAUGUUAUAUCUUCGUCUCCCUAGACUCCUAAUGAGGGUAAUGAUGUUAUUUCUCCUCAGCACCGAUCAGCAGUCAGUACCCCUGCACAAAGCUGUGCCUGCCAAGUAGGCUGUCCUGAGAGCUGUUUGUCUCCAGAAUGGCAUGUUAUGAGAGUCUCAGGUCUCCAAGGCUCAGGCUGGGUAGACUCUGCUGUGCUGUGAGUUGGGAGGAGGAAAAAGCAUUGUGUGAAGCACGCAGGGAAUCUUGCACAGAUAGUGGCUUCCAUUACUGAUACACAUUGUCAUCUUGGUCACUCUCUGCAGUGAGAGCUUUAAACAAUCCAUGUCAAGUGCACUUUUAGCAUUUGAGGUGAGAACUGGGCAAUGGUCCCCCACAGAUCCGCGGUGUUUAUUCCUAUAAUGGUGGUGGUGCUUCACACAGAUAUGGAAAGUGUUUGGAGCUCCACUGUUCAGCAGGGACUUGCUGCAAGUGGAUGAGUCUGAUCUCACCUGGUGAGGUGCUCAUGCUCCUAUCAGACUUGCUGCCCUUGCUCAGAGCAUCUGCCUGUACCCAGCACGCACUGAAGCUGUAUGCACUCGUGGGCAGGCUUUGGGCACUGCUUGCACUAGGCAGGCUGCAUUCACUCAGAAAGUGUCACUGGGGUUUGACUGCUGCACUUGAGGAGCUGGACUCUGUCAGAAUCAUGUCAAGAUUGAGUUGGGCAGGAAUGGGGUGUAGUGAGAUUAACUGGACCCCAGGUAUCUGCACUCUUCUGUGUUUAACUGGUUUCUUUAUGAUGGAGGAUAGUGUCUGCAUGGCUGCUUCAAUUCUUCUGUUGCAGGAUGCUUGGGGGGGAGUUGCUGUGGUUUGCUUUCUGCAGCCAAGGGUGGGGGAGAAAUGGGUGAGCUGGUACAGGGGUGUGUUGCUAUAUGGAAGCAACAGGUGUGUGCUUACGUUUGGUGUGGUGACACGGGGAGGAGCUGUGUGUGUGUUGUGUGAGCGAGGGAUCUGUCUAUCUCCAAGCUCAGUAUGGCUUUAACAAGACCACUAGAGAGCUCAAUGCAACUUGAACUGAUAAAGGCAUCUCUGUAGAUUUGAGGAGGGAAAGGACUGUUUAGAAAGAUCUGACAUGAUGUCCCAGGUAUUUUGGGCAAAGAAAGGUGGAACAGCAGAACUGCCUACUGUAUUGCUCAGUGAAGUGUCAGUCUCAUGAAAGUCUGCUAUGGAAAACAACGGACAGCUUAGCCCAGCUGGUUCAACCCCUGUGUUUCUCCUCCAUUUAUGACUGAAGAUGACACUGAACAUAAUCAGGAUGUUUAGUUUAUCGCAUCUCUUCUAUUUCUCCUGCAUAAAUUCCCCAUCUUAUGUCUCGGUAGUUGACUUUCCACAGCAAUGGUUGUGACAGCCCUGCACGAGGCUCACACAGAGCCACUGGAGAGCAGAACGUGGCCUUUGCCUUCUGUUUGUACUGAGCGAGAUGCAGAAGCAGGAUUACCAAGGAAUGUGCUCGUUCUUUUCUCAGCGGAUGCCUCAGCUGCUAAAGCUAAACGGACACCAGCAGUGCACAAAGCAGGAGGAAAGCAAAGGAGGAGCAGCAGUGCUGGGAAGCGUUUUCCAUAUGGCUGCUCUUAAAUAAUUCCAUUCCUGCAUCCUUAAGCAUGGAGCAAGUAAGGCUGCGGUUGUGCUUGUGGGAAGAAAGGUCAGCGUGGCCUUUUGGUCUGCCCCCCAGCAGUGCAGUUCCAUGCAGACAGCCGAGCACAUGCCUUCCUCUGUGUGCACUUAGUGGUCACAUCUGUGAGCUGUGCUGCAUUGUCAGAUUACAUGGGGUUCUUUAAUCCCCCCCCCCCCGUCCCUUUUGGCAAAAUAGGGCUAUGAAGAAGCAUGCGUAAGCAGAUGGUCAGCAUGCAGGCAAGCUCUCUAAUUAACAUGAGCCAGGUCAAAAUGUAGAUUUGAUUUCAAUUCAUUCUUGCCGCAAAUAAUUUUAUCACAAAAUAAACAACGUAGGAUUUUAUUUCUGUUGCCAGUGUCCUUUGUGUGUUCUGUUGCCUCUGUCCCUUUUAUUUACUACCAGCCUCUUGUGGAAUUAAGAAGAUUGUAAAAUUUAUCAGAGCAACAAUAUAUUUAAGAAGAAAUAUGUAAGCAUGUGUGCAGCAAUAAAGUAGUAUAUUUCACUACA